CGAAAGAGACGAACAACAAGCAAAGUACCGUUUUAGACCCGAACGCGAACGUUUAUAUAUUUGUAUGUGUGUGUCUGCAUAGAAAUAGAAAUUUAUAGAAUUGAACGCGGAUUAAAUGCUAUCCAAAAUGUACAAAGUCUAGUUAAAGCGCGAUUAAAUGAAUACAACGCGGAAACAGAGCUAAGAUGCGCAGCUGAUGGAGAAAAGUCCCAACCACUUUUUAACUGGUGUGUGGGAAAAUCGAUCGAAAAACUGCAGCGAGAGAGUUCCAAUUGUGAUACAACUAAUAAAAUAAAAAAACAAACAGCAGUACAAAUUAGUUAACGUAGCUUAAAGAACUAAACGAGCUGCCAGCAAUUAUACACUUAUUCUCAAGUGCAAUAUCAGAAGCCAAAAUUCGCCAAUAACUAAAAUUCAUCUCAACAUUCCUGCGCAACACAAAAACAACAAAAUGGCUGUAAUAACGUACUAGGCCAGCCCUCACAAUGUCUGUCCCUGUACGCUACUCUGCUGCCGCCGACGAAUACGCCGCCGAAGUUGAUUGUGAGUUGGAGUUGGAGUUGGAGAGCUCUCUGCAUCAGCAACAGCAACAGUUGCAGCUGCAACAGCAAUACGCGGAGCAGUACCAGUACCAGUACCAGCAAUACCACCACCAACGGGAGCAGGAUAUCGCCUACUAUUGCCACUUGCAGGCGGCGCGGCAGCAGGAGCAGUUGAUGCAGCAGAGGACAUCGAUGUCGUCGUCGGUUAUGCCAGGACUCGACUUGCCGCACCAGGACCACCAGCAGAACGCCACCAACAACAACGGACUCGGACACGGACAACUACUCCACCACCACGCCAUGGACGCCAACAGCAUCAAUGCCAUUCUGGUCGAUGACGAGCAGCCCUCGACUUCGGCCCAGGCGGCUGCCGCUGCUGCUGCUGCUUCCCUAUCUGGAGCUGGAGUAUCCGGUGUUGCUCCUACGACUGGUGGUCCCAAUGGUGGCGGCAAGCUGCUGACCAACGGCAUUAACCACAAUGCAGAGAUGCCAACUGAUUGGAUGAGGAUUGCGGACGAGGGCCGGUAUGGGACACCGGGUGCUGCUGGCUUGGAGUAUCAAAAGUACGAUCAACAACAACAACAACAACUCGAGGAUCUGGAGGACGAGGUGGCAGGUGCCGUCGGAGGCGUUGCCAACAACAACAACAAUGAGCCAUCGCCAUCGAAGAAACUGGAGGAUGAACUGCACGCCCUCACCUCGGACGAGCUGUACGAGACGCUCAAGGAGUACGAUGCCCUGCAGGACAAGUUCCACACAGUGCUGCUGCUGCCCAAGGAGUCGAGGCGCGAAGUGACCGCCGGUGGACGAGAUGGCUCCGCCUAUGUGCUGCGUUGCCUGAAGAUGUGGUAUGAGCUGCCCUCCGACGUCCUGUUCUCGGCCAUGAGCCUGGUGGACCGUUUUCUGGAUCGCAUGGCCGUCAAGCCCAAGCACAUGGCCUGCAUGAGCGUUGCCUCGUUCCAUUUGGCCAUCAAGCAGUUGGACCUGAAGCCCAUACCCGCCGAGGAUCUGGUUACAAUAUCUCAGUGUGGUUGUACCGCUGGCGAUUUGGAACGGAUGGCCGGGGUGAUUGCCAACAAGCUGGGCGUCCAGAUGGGCCAUGCACCGAUCACAUCCGUGAGCUACCUGCGCAUCUACUACGCCCUCUUCCGCAAUUUGGCCAAGGAGAUUGGCGGUGACUUCUUCAAGUUCUACCAGCAGCUGAUCAAGCUGGAGGAGCUGGAGAAUCGCCUGGAGAUUUUGCUGUGCGACGUGAAGACCACCGUGAUUACACCCUCGACCCUGGCCCUGGUGCUCAUCUGCCUGCAUCUGGAUUUCCACAUCAAGGAGUCGUACACGCGCGGUAGUCCGGAGCUGAAGCAUGUCUUUGAGUACAUUCUCUUCCUGCAGCAGUACAUGAGGAUUCCCGAUCGCGUUUUCACCUGCGGCUUUAGCAUUGUUUCGGGCAUUCUGUCCCACUACAACGGGCAGAACAAGGCGCCCUACAAGCAGCGGCUUGUCUGGAAGUUGUCCAGUCGCACGCUGCGCGUCCUGCGCCCGAUCAAUCGAUUCUCCUCCGACCUGCCCACCAUUGAGGAAGGCAUCUCCAAUGCCCUCGACGAUGGCCUGCGUUCGAGGACCGAGAGUAUUAGCUCCGAGGAGGAAGAGGACUGGCCCACUUCACCCAUAAUUCCAAUUUUCGAACAAUGUUAGUAUCCAGCGGCCAGCCAGCCAGCCAGCAGCAAUAUAAGCAGCAGCAGCAGCAGCAGGGACCACAGUUGGAACUGGAGCAGCGGACAAAAAGGAACCAACAACCAGAAGGCCGCGCGGCACACAACAAAAGAUCCUGCGGUCGCCCGUCAUCCAUCCUCCAGGAGAGUCAACACAUAUCCCUGGAAAACAAGACACGAGCAUUAGAAGCAACAGAAGGAGGAUGAUGGUGAUGGGUGGCAGGACUUGCAGGAUGAGAUCGACAUCAUCAUCGAGUGUCCGUGCGAGCGGCGAUCCGUGUGCUCGUGUAGAGUAGGUAGCAGUGUAUGUGUGUGUGUAUAUUUUGCUAAAGUGCAUCAUAAUUAUUUUGGCAUACGUGUACACGUACGUGUAUUAGCGCUGGUUCUAACAUUUAAGAAACAUUUGAAAUGCGGAUGAGGUCCGCUUUCGCCGCGUUUUGUGAGGAAAGGUGACCACGGCAAGUGGCGCCCGCAAUUUUUUUCGAUUUAUUUUUGCGGCAGACAAAAAAAUACGUGAAAAAAACCAACAAAAGCUACCAAGAGAGCAUCAAAAAAAUAUAAAAACAAGAAAAUAAUGCUGCGGACCAUCAUACAAAAGAUUGAUGCCGUUCCGGAUCAUAUUAUUCGAGAUCAGUGAGAGAGAGAACACGAUUUAUGAAUUGCGAACCCACAAAAACCUAUAAUCACAUCUGGAAAGGGACAGCAAUUUUUUGCGUGAGAGACCGUAAAAAAAACCACUAAAAACCUUCGAAAAAGCAAAAAAGAAAAUUAAUUUUCCAUAGAGACAAAAAACCCAAUUAGUUUUGUAAAUUCUUUAUGUUCUCCAUGUUUGUUCCACUCUUAUAUCAGUUAUGUAUAUCCCCGUAAGAAAAAAGCGUCAAGAAAAAAUCAUAAAAAUCUAUAAAAAAAAGUACAAAACUCUAUAGAUGUAUAGACCGAGCCUAAAAGAUAAGCUGAACCAAUCAAGCCACAAAAACAAGGUCAGAUCACAUUAAUCAGUAAUUUUAGCCGCGCUCAAAAAAAGAAAAAUCCUAAAAAAGCAACAAAAACAACAUAGAAAAAGUAAUAACUAUAUAAUUCGCCGCCUAUAUUGACUAAGAACUCUUAACAAUAAUAAUAACAUUAAACAUUAAACGAUAGCAUGAUGAUGAAAACCACAAUAUUGUAGUGUGUGUGUCUAGUAGAUUUUCUCUGUAUAACAAAAACUUUAAAUGAAAAACAUCAAAACAAAAAGCGAACUCAAUUUCCGCCCCAAAAACAGUACAUUUUGUUAUUAAUUAUUUACAUAAAAUCAAUCAUCCAUUGGAAGGCAUUGAGAUUUAGUUCGUUCCAAGAUGAGUGAUUUUUUUUAUAAUUAUACUAUACCUUCUUUACCCAUUCUUCUCUUUUUUGUUAAAUAAUAUUAUGCUCUAUUUAUUAAAACAAAAGAUAUUGUAAAAACGAAAUUCAUUCUUAUGUUGUACCAACUAAAACCUAAGUUUAAACAACCAGCGUUGAGACAAAAAAACAACCAAAACAAUAUGAAAACUCCAAUUGAAGCGCGGCAGCUUUUUGCUCCGAAAUUAUGAUGCAACAUUUAGCAAGAUGUACGAAGUUAAACAUAGAGUUUGUGUGAGAGGGGAAAGCAUAGCAGGAGAACUUACGCAGAGCAUAAUCACAAUUAAAAUUUGACAAGAUUCUAUUCACUUUUUUUCAAAAACUAAACCAAACCAGUUGCUGACGAUCAGAAUGUGCAAACAGAAACGAUCUUUUGUCUGUAAAUUUGAAUAAAAAUGCGCUUGCCAGCCUCUCCAUGGCGCUGGCAUGCAGUUUUUCAAUGAAUAUUUACAACAAA